AUGUUUAUUUCGACAAUGCCGUUAACUAUUUCAAUACAUCGUCGUGAUUUAUUUCCGUCGAAUUUUUACAUCGAAAAUGAUAAUAGACUUUUUCCAUUUAAUGUUAAUACUAUUGAUUGGUAUUUAAUAUCGUCAAUUAAUUCCAAUAUGUCUAUUAUUUCACCUUCAUCCGUAUCGUCAUCUAAUUUGAUAAAUAUAAUUAAUUCAACAACAAGAACAGUAUCAACAACAGUUCGACCAAUGCCAAUUAUUCGAGCAUUACCAAUUGCAUUUGUUCUUUCAAGUAUUGUUGUUCUAUGUAUAUGUGGUAAUAUUCUCGUUAUUUUAUCUGUCUUUACAUUUCGACCAUUACGAACUGUACAAAAUAUUUUUAUUGUUUCACUUGCUUUUUCGGAUAUGUUAGUUGCUAUUAUAGUUAUGCCAUUUCAUAUUGUUGUACAUACAGUUAAACGAUGGAUAUUUGGAAAACUAUUUUGUCAAGUUUUUGUCACUUCUGAUGUUCUUCUAUGUACAUCAUCAAUAUUAAAUCUUUGUGCUAUAGCACUUGAUCGUUAUUGGGCAAUAAGUGAUCCGAUACAUUAUGCACGUCAACGUACAAUGCGACGUGUACUUAUUAUGAUAGCUAUUGUUUGGUUAUUAUCAGCAACAAUAUCAAUUCCACCUAUUAUUGCAAAUAUACUUGGUUCAGAAGAAUUGAAAAAUUUUAAUGAACUUCAACAAUGUGAAUUAUCAAAUAAUAAAGCUUAUGUUAUUUAUUCAGCAUGUGGAUCAUUUUAUAUUCCAGCAGUAAUUAUGACUGUUGUUUAUGCACAAGUGUUUUUAGAAACACGAAAACGUUUUCGUGAACGUGCUACAGCUGCAGCAAAAUUAGCGAAUGUUACUCGUACACAUAAAACUAUUAAAAAGAAAAAAAAUAGUAGUCCUAGUGGUCAUCAUUAUCGUUAUAAACGAAGUCUAUCUUCAUCAAUAAUGCAUGCAACAAGUUCAUCAUUAAAAUUUUCAGCAUCAAAUGGUAGUGGAGUAGACAACUUUAGUACAGAUGACGCUGAAGAAAUGUCGUUUGCAAAAACUGAAAGUGUCAAUCCAGUAUCGUAUUCUAUUCUGAGUCCUAAUAAUACAAUGAUCAAUAAUCAAUUAAUUCAAUGUCAUAAAAUGGAUAUAGGUGCAUCACAAAUUUCACUUACUAUGAGUAUUGAUGAAAAUAAAAUGCCUCCAAUAACCUGCGAUACGUUACCUUCAAAUAUUGAAUUAUCCAUACCAUUAUAUAGUCAACCUUCAAUAAGUGAAUAUAAAUCUGAAAUUGACUUUUUAAAUCAACAACAAAAUGCAUCUGUUCAAACAACCGAAUUUUUAAAUGAAUCAAAAUGUUUUUCAAUAAAACAUUCAUCGAAAGAUUAUGAUCGUAAAAUGUUAUUUAAAGGUAAAACUUUAGCAUCAUUAAUGCAUGAACGACAAAAGAUAUCUUUAACACGUGAACGUCGUUUAUCACGUACACUUGGAAUAAUCAUAAGUGUAUUUCUUUUAUGUUGGUUACCAUUUUUUGUUGUUUAUAUUUUAUCAGCUUUUAUUGAUGUUGAUUCAUAUAUCAAAGAACCGUUACCAACAUUAAUACUUUGGCUUGGCUAUGUAAAUAGUGCUGUUAAUCCAUUAAUUUAUACUGUAUUUAACGUAGAAUUUCGCACAGCAUUUAAACAUUUGUUACUUCCAACUACGAAGAAUAAACCUUCAAAUCGAUGUUAUAUAGCAAAACAUAAUGGAAAAUAA